GAUGGCCAGCUCUGUGAUCGCCGUGUCUCCCUGGAGCACAAAUAUUACUGUCGUUGAUGGCAUGCCCGCGGCGUCCAGCUCUCGGUACGCCAUUGAGAUGCUGGCAUGCUGGCUAAGCUUUGUCACCUUCAACCUCGGCUGGGUCGCCAUGACAUCGCCGAAGGACGACCGCUGGCGGCGGAUGCGCUUCAUCUGUAUGAUGUGGCCGCAGCAGUUUCUCGCCAUCGUGAGCCGGUUUCUCGUCAUGAGGUUGGUCAAGCUCGCCUCAUGGGAGGGGCUCGACCAUCCGGCCCUCUACUGGCCUCUCCUCUUGCCGAUCGGCGUCUUUGAGACCUGGUCCAUCCAGGCGAUGGCGGACGUGUACGAGUCGCGGCCCGUCAAGCCCGUGUGUCUGAAGCAGGUGCUGAACCAGCUCAAGAUCACCACUGCAGAGUCCAUCGGGGUAACGGUGGGCUACAAGAUCUGGCCUUGGGUUCGCAUCGACGACCCGACCGUCGAGUCGCUUCUCCACGCCACCUGGCGCACCUUUGUCUUUGACAUCGGGCUCGACAUCGGCUUCUACACCUUCCACCGCGUGUGCCACGUCAACCGCACGCUCUACCGCUGGCUGCACGCGCAGCACCACACCGACACGGCCAAAGAGCACGGUCACCUAGUCGCGCACGAGACCUACGAGGUCAGCCUCGUCGAGGCGAUCUCCAUCCUGGGCUCGUACCUCAUCGGGUUCGAGCUCAUCGGCCUGCUCUACAACUACACCCUCUUCGACAUCGCCCUCCUCGUCUCGUGGGCCCACCUCGUCGAGCUGCUCGGCCACACGCAAAUGUCGUGGACCGUGAACGGCCACCCUCUGCGCAUCAUCCCAGAGGUGCUCAACCUCGACCUCAAGGUGCCCGACCACACCAUGCACCACACCAAGCCCCUCUCCAACUUCUCCAAGCGCCUCACGCUGCUUGAUCACCUCUUCGGCACCUACGAGCCGCCCGGCGACGAGUACGGCACCAUCACGCUCAAGGACCUGGCCAAGGCAAAGGCCAAGGCGGCGUGAGGGUGGGCGACGGGCGUUCGCGCAGACCACUGACCAGUGUGCUGCCCCUGCGCCGCGCGCGCUCGACUGCGCCCCGCUCUGGCCUCUGCUCAACGCCUGGAACCGGGCCGUGUACGUUUUAGCUUACUGGGAGAAAGGGGGGCGGCAGGUGUCUCUCUCUCGCGUGUACGAUUAAUUGUGAUUCCUUUUGCGAUUUGC